AUGAAAACCGCAUUCGAGAACAGGCACGCGUACUGGAAAAACAAGAGCAGCAAGCAGCAUGCGUCACUGGAGGACGUGCUGAAGUAUCAAGAUGCCACGGUGGCGCUGAAGCAGCUGCAGGAGAUUCUGGGCGAGUCGAGAGAGACGCUGGACCAGGAUGCGGAGAAGCAGUUCGGCAGUGAGUCGCUCAUAUCGAGUUCCCUCAAGCUUUCUCCGUCAAUCGACGCCUCCAGCAGCGUGUGCGACCUGGAUUUCCUGGAUGAGACUGCGACUUGUGCGUCGGCGCCGUCGUGUCCCUGCAGCCACCAGCACCAGCACAGACAUUCACACAGGUGCCAUGAUGAGCAGGUUUUCCGGCAGCCGUGGUUCAUGGAGGUGUCCAAUAGCUAUCGCACGCAUUCCAGCAUGGACCUGGGCAGUGGUGAGCUGGACUACUCAGUGAAUAAUCGGCCGGCUAUCAGUAGGGCGCUGAGCUUCCAAGAAGAAGUCAGCGUGCUGCGUAACCAUCCGCCUGCUCACACCCACCACUGCCACACCCAAAACACAUUGCAAGCACACUGGCCAGAGUGGCAGGAACCACACACCGACUUUAGCAAACAGCAAAUCAAUAUACCGGACGACUCAGUUUCCGAGAGCUUCAAAUGCUUCGAAUUCGUAUACUUUGAUGACGAGACGGGCGGCGAACCUGUGCACGCUUCAUUUGCGCCGUCACCGCCUGUGCAACCAAUGAAAAUUGACUCACCCAAAAAUGAGUCACCCAAAACGGAGUCACCCAAAACGGAAAACGUUACGACCCCACACUCGAAUUGCAGCGGCAGUGGUAACCAAGACAAUUUGAAAGAUAGAUGCGGUAUCGAUAGAAGAAGCUCAUUUCCAAUUUCCAAGAUGGACCGAAGACCCCCCACGCCUGGCCUGACACUUGUUGAACAAUUGAAAAUGGACGGCGCCCUCAUGGAGUCUAUCGCAAAGAAACACAAGAGGGGCUAUUACAAAUGCACACAUUGCCCCAACACGUUUUCUAACAUAUUCGAGUACGCAGCUCACAUGGAUGAGUAUGAAAUAAAAAGGGCAUACAAGUGUCCGUUCCCGUUGUGUCCAUGGAAGAUCUUGGGACUGCCUAGACGGGCAGAUUUAAGAAGGCAUUGCGCCAUCCAGCAUAAAAACGAGUUACCUCAAGAACUGAAGGAUCAGCUAAACCUAAAUGACGAAGCGUACCCUGCUUUGAAGUGCCCCCAUCAGUAUUGCGAGAAAGUGUUCCAUCGAAGAGACGCGUUCAACCGGCAUAUCGCCAUCGUGCACGAGAAACUCAAUUCGAGAUUCAACAGAAGGCUCUUUCAGACAUUAGCUGAUUGCCCCUACGACAAGGAAAACGACCGACUCAAAUAUGUCAGACUCAAAAUGAAAGGCAAGAAGCAGCAGGCAUUGCUGCAGCAUCCCCAGCACCCACAGCGGCAGCUCGGGAAUCCGCAUGAAUAA